AUGUUGUCUCAUUCCCAGUUACCAGAAUUUCUGUGGGGCGAAGCCAUAAAGACAGCUAAUUAUAUUUUGAAUAGAGUACCAAGUAAGUCAAUUCCUUCCACGCCAUUUGAGAUAUGGACAGGUAGAAAACCAAGCUUCAAUCAUUUUCAUACAUGGGGCUGCAGAUCUGAAGCUAGGCUUUACCAUCCAGCAGAAAAGAAGCUUGAUAUGAGAACCACUAGUUGUUACUUCGUUGGUUAUUCUGAGAAGUCUAAAGGAUUUAAGUUUUAUUGUCCUACUUUGCAUACAAGAAUUGCAGAGACUAAUAAUGCUAAGUUUAUUGAGGAUUUCAGCACAUCUUCCUCACAAUCCAAAAAUUCUUAUAUUUUUGAAGAAAUUGAUAAAACUUCAGUUGCAUCCUCGGGAAACUCAAUAUCAAUUCCAGUGCCAAUUCCAUGUUCAACAUCUGAGACAGUUACAAAUAAUGUUCCACAGCCACAAGUAUUUGAAGAAUCGGUUGAGGAAGCAGAUGUAUUGCCUAUUCUAGAACCAAAAGUACAGGCAGAACCUGCUAAUCCUGAGCCUGCACUUCAAAGAUCUAAAAGACCAAGGAGAUCUGCGAUUCCUGGUGAUUAUAUGGUGUAUUUACAGGAAGUUGAAUUUAACAUUGGAGAUCUUGAUGAUCCUGUUUCUUAUAGAGAAGCCAUGGAAAGUUCUCAAUCAACUCUUUGGCAAGCUGCUAUGGAAGAGGAAUUAGCUUCUAUGGACAAGAAUGGUGUCUGGACUUUGAUUGAGCCUACUGCUGGUGUCAAACCAAUAGGCUGCAAGUGGAUUUACAAGACUAAAAGGGAUUCUCAAGGAAGAGUUGAAAGGUUGAAGGCAAGGCUAGUUGCAAAGGGGUUUACACAAAGAGAAGACGAUAUACUCUUGGCAAGUUCAAAUGUUCAAUUGCUUCAAGAUACUAAGAGUAUGCUCUCUAGUAGUUUUGAUAUGAAGGAUUUAGGUGAGGCUCAUUUUGUUUUGGGCAUUGAGAUUGUUAGAGACAGGUCAAGAAGAGUUUUGGGGUUAUCUCAGAACAAUUAUAUUGACAGAGUUCUUAAAAGGUUCAACAUGGAAAGAUGUAGUGGUGGUGAUGUUCCAAUUGGUAAGGGUGAUACGUUUUCUACUCAUCAAUGUCCUGUGACAGAUUUUGAAAUUGAGGCUAUGAAAGAUAAGCCUUAUGCUUCCUUGGUAGGUAGUGUGACGUAUGCUCAAGUUUGUACUAGACCAGACUUGGCAUUUGCACUAAGUGUACUAGGAAGGUUUCAAUCAAAUCCUGGUAUUGCUCAUUGGAAUGCAAGCAAAAAGGUUCUCAGAUAUUUGCAAAAGACUAAAUCAUAUGUGCUGUGUUAUCAUUAUGUGGAUUCACUUAAUUUAGUUUGCUAUUCAGAUGCUGAUUUGGGAGGCUGUGUUGAUGACAGAAUGUCAACAAGUGGCUAUAUGUUUAUCUUAGCUGGUGGUGCAGUUUCAUGGAGAAGUAAGAAGCAAACUACCAGAUCAGUGUCUACAAUGGAAUCUGAAUAUAUUGGAUGUUUUGAAGCUGCAAAGCAAUGUGUUUGGUUAAAGAAUUUGAUUCACAGUAUGAAAAUUGUCAAGAGUAUAGAGAGGCCAUUGAAGCUAUAUUGUGAUAAUAGUUCAGCUAUGUUCUUUGCCAAAAACAAUAAAAGAUCUGAUGCUUCAAGGCUACUGGAUAUCAAGUACUUGACAUUUCAGGACAAGGUCAGAGAUGGAGUCAUUGAUAUUGAGCAUCUUGGCACUUUGCAUAUGAUAGCAGAUCCUUUAACAAAAGCUUUGCAUGUGACUGCAUUUCAAAGACUAGUGCCAAAAAUGGGUGUGCAAGCUUCGAUUGAUUUUUUUUGA